AGAAAAAAACCCUAGAGAAAGAAAGAAAGAAAGACGAGGGGAAGCGUAAGCAGGAAAAAAAAAUUUUUAAUUUGGAGGGGAAACGCAUUUCUACCUGCAUUUUGUGUAAUAAAGCAAGACAAAGGAGGCUUUAGGGGGUGGUUAUAUUAUAUUAUAUUACAUAAACUCAUCCAAUCCUUCUUUCAUCCUCACUCCCUCCCGUUUCAAUUUCAUCUCUGCCGCCACCCUGUCAUAUUUCUUUCUCUCUUUCAUGUCUUUCCGACGAAAUGCAAGUUGGGUAACGUCGUUUGUUCAUUAGAGAGAGAGAGAAGGAAGCACGAACUGGGUAUCUUAACCAGCAUCCCGACCAGUCCUUUUGACCUAUUAUUGUGUCCUUUGAGUGAGUAUACAGAAGAAAAAAAGAAGUAAGUAACAAGGGGAGGGGAGAGAAGGAGAGGGGGACUAUUUGUUUGUGUGCUUGUUAAUUUGUUAUUAAUCGGGAAGAAAAUGAAAUACGUUUUGGUGACCGGUGGAGUCGUCAGCGGUCUUGGAAAAGGAGUAACCGCCAGUAGCAUUGGAGUGGUUCUAAAGGCCUGUGGACUUCGCAUUACUUCAAUUAAGAUAGAUCCAUACCUGAACACCGAUGCAGGAACUAUGUCUCCUUUUGAGCACGGUGAGGUGUUUGUCUUAGAUGAUGGUGGUGAGGUGGACCUGGACCUUGGAAACUAUGAAAGGUUCCUAGAUAUCAAGUUGACCCGUGACAACAAUAUCACCACUGGGAAGAUUUACCAGUCGGUUAUUGACAAAGAAAGAAGGGGAGAUUAUCUGGGAAAAACUGUCCAGGUUGUCCCUCACAUCACAGAUGCUAUCCAAGAGUGGAUUGAGCGCGUAGCACUGAUACCAGUGGAUGGGAAAGAAGACCCAGCUGAUGUUUGUGUCAUUGAAUUGGGUGGAACUAUAGGUGACAUUGAAUCUAUGCCAUUUAUUGAGGCACUAGGCCAAUUUUCAUACCGUGUAGGCCCUGGCAACUUCUGCCUGGUUCAUGUCAGUCUUGUGCCUGUCUUGAAUGUUGUUGGUGAACAGAAAACAAAACCAACUCAGCACAGUGUUCGGGGACUAAGAGGAUUGGGAUUAACACCAAAUAUCUUAGCGUGUCGCAGCACAAAGGCUCUGGAUGAAAAUGUGAAAGGAAAACUCUCUCAAUUUUGCCAUGUUCCGGCAACAAAUAUCAUCACUCUCUAUGAUGUCUCAAACAUUUGGCACAUUCCUUUGCUUUUGAGAGAUCAAAAGGCACAUGAAGCAAUUCUGAAAGCACUAAACCUUCAAUGUGUUGCCAGGAAGCCUGCUUUGGAGGAAUGGACUGCUAGAGCUGAACUCUGUGACAUGUUGCAUGAGCCUGUCAGAAUUGCCAUGGUUGGAAAAUAUACUGGCCUUUCAGAUUCUUACCUAUCUGUAUUGAAGGCUCUUUUGCAUGCUUCUAUUGCUUGCCACAGAAAAUUAGUAGUGGAAUGGGUUGCAGCUACUGACCUUGAAGAUGCAGCUGCAAGAGAGACCCCUGAUGCUUACAAAGCUGCAUGGGAUCUGUUGAAGGGUGCAGAUGGUGUUCUAGUUCCAGGGGGGUUUGGUGAUCGAGGGGUACAAGGAAAAAUUCUUGCAGCAAAGUAUGCCCGGGAAAACAAAGUUCCAUUCCUUGGCAUUUGUCUAGGGAUGCAAAUUGCUGUCAUUGAAUUUGCACGAUCUGUUCUUGGUCUGCAAGAUGCAAACAGCACUGAGUUUGAUCCUGAAACUACAAAUCCUUGUGUAAUAUUUAUGCCAGAGGGUUCAAAAACUCACAUGGGGGGCACCAUGCGUCUUGGUUCAAGGAGGACAUACUUCCAUGUUAUUGAUUGUAAAUCUGCAAAGUUAUAUGGCAAUGUAAGCAUCAUUGAUGAGCGGCAUCGGCAUAGAUAUGAGGUCAAUCCUGAUAUGGUAGAGCAACUCGAAAAUGCUGGUCUCUUAUUUGUUGGCAAAGAUGAAACUGGUCAGCGCAUGGAGAUUGUUGAAUUGCCUAGUCAUCCAUACUUUGUUGGAGUUCAAUUCCAUCCUGAAUUCAAGUCAAGACCAGGAAAACCUUCUGCACUGUUUUUAGGGCUUCUAUCAGCAGCCAGUGGCCAGUUGGAAGAUAUCAUGCAAAAUCCAUUUCGUUUUUACAAGGCAGUAACAACGAAUGGAAUAAGCAAUGGACAACCAACGGUGAAAAUUCAUCAAAAUGGGUUUGGACCCAGAGAAGCAAGGAUGCUUUCAGGGUUCACUGGCUUUACCCAACAUGGAGUGAUGGAGAGUCUGGGAGGGAUGUCAACUGACCACUUAGACUACAGUCAGGCAAGGAAGGUACCCAACCAUUCUGUAUUUCUAUAUUUCUCAUGGUCAUGGCGAAGCGAAAGCGAUGCGAUGUAUUUUCGUAUUAUUCCUUCAUGUCUUUAGAGUUCGUAUCCGUGGUUAUCAUUCCCUAGUGAUGUCGUCGACCAGUGAAGGUGAAAAGCUGCGACAGUGGCGGUGGAGCAACCGCCGACCGAGUCUCCAGUGGCGGAGAAGCCUACCCAGCCCGAUAAGCCUGUGAAGGCCCCCAAGGAAAAGAAGCCGAAGGCGGCCAAGGCUUCUCAUCCCUCUCAUCCUCCUUAUUUCCAGAUGAUCAAGGAAGCUUUGUUGGCUCUGCACGAGAAAAGCACAAGGCUGAAAAACUGUGUGGAGGAAAAGCACAAGGCUGUUCUUUCAGCAAAUUUUAGGAAAAUAUUGGCCCUCCAGUUGAAAAACUGUGUGGCUAAGGGCAAAUUGAUCAAAAUUAAAGCUUCUUUCAAGUUGUCUGAGUCGGGUAAAAA